ACGUUCAAUAGUUUACAAGGCAAAAUCCGCAAUGUUCCAUUCUCAAGGUAUCCCUGUUUGAUGCGGAUUCUUGUGGAUGAUCAGAACAAAUAUAUCCAUUUGGAUGGUUGGGUGCGGACGUCGUCAGGAUCGUGUCCGGAAACCUACAUCUCUUGCUUUGAUGGUGACAGCAUAAAUGCGAAAGAGAUUUACCGCGCACAGAAUGAUCAAACUAUGAGUUGCAGAUCCACAGGAUCUGCGCUCACGCUUUACGCAGUCAGAGGAUCGAGUUGUACAUUUCUCUAUAAAUUUAGUUAUACGACAUAAUCCCCUGAGCUCAUCCUCGAAAUUGGUAUUCCUCAGGGCUACCGUGUACCAACUUUCCCUUCAACUAUGCACUAUGGGGAGCGGUUUGCCACGUCUUCCACAUCCAGUGCGGAGCUACUUCUCGCCAAAGAUCCUAAAGACAAUUUUGCUCUACUUGGUUUUGAUUCUACGCAGUAA